GAGUUGGGUUGAAAAGAGCUGUAAUUGCCGUGUAGGAGUAGAGAUAAUGGCAAAGAACGAGGUAUGGAAAAUGACUUUUUAGGUAUAUUGAAAAAGGACAAUGAGGGAUUGUACUUGAAAAUGCAACGAUGAAAAUGACACAAGAGAAUAGACUGGUCACUACACCCACAUAUACCAUUUACCAAAAAAAGUUUUGGCGCUGGCGUUACCUCCCAAUUUCAUGAUGACGUACGUAGCAAUCUUAACGUUGCCACCUCUAUGUUGUGCUCCUGCAGUUUCUCGCCGAGCCACGGGUGCGAUAUCAAGCUGAUUUAGCCCUUCCAAAUCAGUUUGUAUCCCCAUAUCACAAUUUUGCCACUGUAGUCGUUAGAGAGGGAUCUUUUUCUACGGACUGAAAAGUGAUGGAAAAAGAGCUACAAUUUUCGGAUGAAACAAGCAACUUUUCGGCACAGUUUAAAGAUAAUUGUUUCGAGUUUACCAUGUGCAAACAAGAAUCUGUCAACGCCUUGUGUUUUCGCUAUUAGAAGAACAUGUCUUGGUUUCCGUGAAAGUGGAAGAAAACCUGCCCAAAUCCCAUUCUAUUUCAAGAGGCAUUUGGCGUUGAAGUUUGUUCAGUUUCGCACUUUUUACCGGCGUCUUGAGUGGAUUUACUAAAGGACGGCACUCCACAGAAUAACAAUGAAGAGCAAGAAGCAUAAGAAAGAUAAAGACAAGAAAAGAGACAAGACCAUAAAUGGACCUUUAGGUGAUGACCAACAUCAAGGAGCACAAAAUGCCCAACCAGAGGAGGCUUCACAAAAGGAAGAGCUUGAAAAGUUAAAGAGGCUUCCUGAAGAUGAGUUUAACUCAAAAUUUGAGAAGAUGUUGGAUGAAAUGAAUCUGAAGAAUGAAAACCUGAGGGUCCCACUACGAAAGCAGCCACACGACAAGAAAGUUGAUAUGCUUUUUCAAUUUCUCAAAAGGCAAAAUGCAUUGCGACGCAGCUCUGGCCUGGUGUCUACAGCCGACUACAUUAGGGAACUUUCAAAACUUGAACAUGGCGAAGAUCUCUUACAAUGCCUUCAGUCUUUGCGAGUGUCACUCACUGGUGGCUUGCUAAGUUGGAUCAAAGAAUUUGGAGAAAAAGGUUUAGAUUGUUUGCUGAAUAUUCUACGUAGCUAUGUUUGCAGCUCUUCCCAGCUCGAACUGAAGAUCCAACACGAGUGCGCAAAAUGCUUAAAGGCUUAUAUGAACAACGGGUUUGGGUUGAACAUGAUGUUGAAAAACAUUCAAGGACUUACGCUGCUUGCCCAGUGCAUCCGACUGGAGAAUCCAGGAAUGAUGCAGGACGUAGUGAAAGUCAUGGCAGCUGUUGGUCUGGUUGCCCACGACAAAGCACUUGAAGCUUUAACUUUGAAGGCAGAAGCUGAAAAUAAGCCUCGUUUUAUUGCUGUUGUGGAAGCUUUGAAGAGCACACAGUCAACUCCACCGCUUAUGGUUGCCUGUCUGCAGCUGAUCAAUGCAGUAGUCAGCACCCCAGAUGAUCUCGAUUUCAGACUUCAUCUCAGAAACGAGUUCAUGAGGAUUGGACUCCUGGAAGCCUUACCGCAACUGAGGGAGUUUGACCAAGACGAUCUAAAUGUACAGCUGGAAAUUUUUGACGACCAGAAAGAGGAAGAUGCCCUUGAGUUCCAGCAUCGUUUUAAUGAUAUUGCGAUACACUUGGAUGAUCCAGAUGAAGUUUACAAGUUGGUCAAAACUGUCAACAAAGACACGGCCUCCGAGCAGUAUUUUCUUUCUGUCCUGCAACAUCUUCUCUUGAUCAGAGAUGAUGUGUAUGCAAGGCCUCAGUACUUCAAGCUGAUCGACGAAUGCGUUUCGCAGGUUGUGCUGCAACGAAGCGGAUAUGAUCCCGAUUUCAAAGCGAAAAAAUUGCCAAUUGAUUUUGAGCAUCUCAUUGAUGUACAAAUCGACAAGGCUAAAUUCGAUGCAAUCAACUUGAAGGUCAAACAGCUUGAAGUGAAGCUUAAAGAGGAAACUACCAGAAGAUCUGAAGUUGAAACCAAAUCAGAGAUGAUGGAAGGAAAACUGAAGACCUAUGAAACGGAAAUUGAAAAGCUGAAAGACCAGGUUGCAAGAGGCGGACCACCAGUUGCUUCAGCAUCAUCUGGACCCCCGCCACCAGCACCUCCUCCACCCCCAGGACCCGGAGGAGCUCCCCCUCCACCUCCCCCGCCUCUUCCAGGUGGUGCUGGACCUCCUCCGCCUCCACCUCCUCCACCAGGAUUUUCUGCUGGCGGCCCGCCUCCACCGCCGCCACCCCCAGGAAUGGGUGGAGGUGCGCCACCACCCCCUCCUCCGCCUGGAAUGUUUGGAGGGGCACCACCACCUCCUCCACCACCCGGGAUGGGCGGUGGCCCGCGACCACCAGGACCACCCCCACCUCCUGGUGCACCGUUGUUAGGACGUAGUGGUCCCGGCGGAUCAGGUGGAAUGCCUCAAAAAAAGAAGUACAACACAACGGUACAGACAAAGAGACUCAAUUGGAAUGCUAUUCACACAACUAAGCUAAAAGAGAAUUCUUUCUGGACAAGCCUGCGGGAAGACCAGCUUGAAAGAGAGGACUUAUUAGGUGAAAUCUCACAGUUAUUUGCAUCAAAAGCACCGACCCGUCAGUUUGCAGCCACAGCUGAUGAAGACGAAGAAAAGAAGAAGAAAACAGAGUUGAAAGUCCUGGACGGAAAAAGUGCCCAGAACCUUUCUAUAUUUCUGGGCUCCUUCAAGAUAUCAUACCAAGAAAUCCGAGAUGCGAUUUAUCGAGUUGAUGACAAUGUCAUUUCUGAAAAUGCACUGGAAAAUCUAAUCAAAUUCCUACCAAGUCAUGAACAGCUCCAACAAUUGCUCAAUUUUAAACACGAGUAUGAUGACCUUAACGAGGCAGAGAAGUUUUCUAUUCAAGUCGGAGGUAUUCCAAGGUUAGAACAUCGUCUGAAAUGCAUGCAUCUACGUAUAAAAUUUGCUGAAGAUGUCAACGAUGUGAAGCCGGGUAUCGUCAACAUUACAGAAGCUUGCAGAGAGAUAAAAUUAAGCAAAAAGUUUUCCAAAUUUCUUGAGCUUAUUCUGUUGACCGGUAAUUAUAUGAAUGCUGGGUCUCGGAACGAAAGAUCAUAUGGCUAUGAUUUGAGUUUGCUGAACAAGCUCGGAAACACCAAAUCAGCUGAUGGAAAGAUGACAUUGGUUCAUUUUCUUGCGAGCGCUGUAGAGGAAAAAUAUACAAAUAUCAUAGGGUUUGAAGAAGACUUGUCGCAUGUCGACCAGGCAGCAAAAUACUCUGAGGAUAUUCUUGUCAAAGGAGUAAGCGGUCUUCGUUCUGCUUUGAGCCGGAUUGAAAACGAGUUGAAGCAUCAUCAACAGCCGAAAGGACCCGAUGAUGCUUUCGGAGAAGUUAUGACUAAAUUUUUGCAAAACUCUAAAGAAGAAGUUACUUUGUUGGAAGAAAUGUUGAAGAAAAUGCUGAACCUCUUCAAAGAUUUACUCGAAUAUUUUGUCCUCGAUCCAAAAAAGAACACCACUGAAGAGUUUUUCGGGAAUCUUCAUAAAUUUUUAAUGGAGUUUGAUAAAUGUAAAAAAGAUAAUGCAAAAAGAAAAGAACAAAUUGAGAAAGAAAGAAGAGCCAAAGCAAAAGCGGAAGAAGAAAGGCGAAAGAAAGAAGAGGCUGCACAUGGACGAAAGAAAGAAAUUGGUGGCAGCGAGGAGGGUGUUUUAGAUGGCCUUAUGGAGGCACUGAAUACAGGCAAGGCCUUUAGAGACCCAUCUAGGCCCCAGCGUAAAAGGCAACCCAGAAAAGCUCGUCCUGGUGAGCUUGAACGGAAAGGAACACGAGUAAACAUGGUACCGAUUAUGCAGCUCGAGCCAGGCCAAAAACUACCAAAGGCAAGAUCACCGAACAAAAAGCUCGAAGAUCUGGUAUAAUCACUGCGUUUAGCUCAAUCUACUCAAUCCAAGUGCAUCCUACUAAACCAGUUUAAUCGGUUCAAGCGGACUUGAUAAUCUGGGAUCCAAAUCAAUCGUAAUAUUAAUCACUAAAACCAUUUGUAUAUAUAUCAUAUCUAUAUGAUGUAGUUGUUCUGUAGACAAGAUAUUUUGUAAGCUGGAAUUUUUCUUGUAUAGAAAACAUUAAUCUAAAUGCUUCAAACUUAAAAGGAAUUUUCUGGACGGUAGAUUUUAGUAACUAAGUAGCUAAAAUAAUGAAUAUGGACUAUUGGACUGUAUGCAGUAAGAUGGAGAAAAAUAUGCUCAGUUUUGCAGCACUGGUGUCCAUUUUCGGGGUGGUGAGGUCGCAUAAUUCUUUGCCUGUAAUGAUUUCCUACACAAGCCCCAUUCUGAAUAUCUUUGUAUAGUAGCCACUGAAUCUUUUAGAUAGACGUCGCAUGCUAGGUAUUUUUGUCAAAGCUUAUCGAUAUUUAAUGGCCUGAGUAUAAACCGCGAGAAGUUAUUCGACAAAAAAGGUAAAUUUGUUCCUGACGUGGACUAAAGAGCUAGUAUCCCGUGAGGCAUCAUUUUAUCAAAAUCUGAGAGCUACCUUUUGAAAUUUUCUAACCUUGUAUUAGAUUUAUUUGGAAUUUUUAGCAGCAUCCGCUAAGGCUGCCCCAUUGAACCUUUUUUGCAAAAUGCAGUACAUUUUGUACAGCAUUCUUUAUUGAAACUGAAAAAAUCAUCUUUCCUAUUUUUGAUACUUUCAGUUGAAAUUUGAAGUAUAGGCCAAUCAUGUUUGACAUUCCAAGUCAUUUCUAAGACACUUUUAAAAUUGCUUUUGCAUAGCUCGUGUCAUUCACAUAAAACAUUUGCAGGUGCAUAUGAGAUGUUGGAAUAUAAUUCGUGUAUUUCACAAGCCUCUAGAACAGAGGGAUUUUUUUUCUUCCCAUACUUAGGUAGCAAUUGUAUUUUUGAUACGUAACUCCCCGUACUAUCAACAUUGAAGUACUCCCGACGUUUCUUGUUUGGAAGGAUGACUCUUUGUUAUUUCCAAUAAAGUAACAUAAACUUUAGAUAGUGUUAAGCUGUGGUGCGUUUAUAGAGUUGUUCAUGGGUUUCAUUAAUUUGAAAAGUCCGCAAUAAAGUUGUUUAGUUAGUAGUAGUGAAACUUAUUUUAAAUCAAUGUAUUGAAAUUCAGUUCAAACUGAAGCUGUUAUAUUUUUUAUGAAUUCAAUCAUGCUGCAGCAA